AUGAUAUCAAAAAAAUAUUUACAAUUGUUAAUUUACAUUAUACAAAUUUUGUAUGCAUUUGGAGAGGAAGAUACGAUUGAAAAAAAUGAAAAUUUAGAGAUAACAUCGAACAUUAUCCAAAAAUACUCUUCCUUUGAUAAAGACAAAAGUUUAUCUAAAAUGGGAGGAGACAUUAAUACGCCUACGAAAAAUUUGAUUCCUGAUUAUAUUGACAAAUACAAAGAAUUAUAUUUUUCACCUGAAUUUAAUAAUGAUCAAAAUGGAAUUCAUUUCAAUUUAUGUGAAAAAUCAAAUGCAAUAGACGGAAUAGUUUUAGAAAAUGAAGAUAUAAAGGAAUUAACGGUCCAAGCAGUUGAUACAGAAAGUAUAUUAUUGUCUUGGUAUGGACCAUGUUCAAGUGAUAAUGAUAUUCCAUUGAAUUAUACUAUUGUAACAUACAAUGGUCAGACGAAAAAAUCGAAAAAUCUAAUAAGUAUAUUAUAUUAUAUAACAUAUAAUGUUACCGAACUUAAUCCAUGUACAUCUUAUACAUUUGAGGUGUUUAUAGUCGUAGAAAAUAAUAGAUCAAAUGGUAUUAAUGUAACGCAACAAACGAGUUCUAAUCUUACCUAUGUCGAAAAUGUGAAAAAUUUAUUUAUUUCUGAAUUGAACAAUAUUGAAAUAAACAAUGAGAAUGAAACUGGCUUGAAAUUGACUUGGGAUGUUCCCAAUAAAUAUAUUAAUUGUAUUGAUUAUUACAAAGUUAUAAAAUGCAUUGAAAAUAAUUGCGAUGAAAAUAAUAAAGAAGUUAACAUUACUAAAAAUACAAAUUAUACUGAAAUGAGUCUCGAACCUUGUACAAAAUACAUUUAUACUAUUAAAAUAGUAACUAAUUCUGCAGAAUCAACUGGAGAAACAAUAUCUCAUAUAACAAGAACAAUAACACCGGGUGAGCCACAGUCAUUGAUCGCAGAACCCGAUGAUUUUGCUUUAAAAAUUCGUUGGUUACCGCCAAUAAUUGGAAGACAAUGUGUUCAAACAUAUAGUGUUACAAUAUCUAAUACGGAAUCAAAUUUUUCUAAAAUCUUAUAUACCACAAAUACAUCAAUAAUUAUAAAGGAUUUAUAUGCUUGUACUUCCUAUAUGAUUCAUGUUGUUGCACUUGGUAAAGAUUCUUCAAGUGGAAUUUUAGCUACUAUUGAAGAAAAAACAAAUAAAAAAAUAACGCAAUCUCCUGUAUUAUUUGCAAAUGAACCAGGAACUUCUAAUAUAUCAAUGAUAUGGAGUAUUAGAAAUGUAGCAAACAAUUGUAAACUGGAAUCUUUAAUAGUUACAUGUAAUUAUGUAAAAAGUCAUGGACACGGUUAUGUACCAAAAUCAGGAGAUGCUCAAAUAAGCUUGAAUAAUCAUACAAUGUUGGCAGAUAUAACAGUAACAGAUCUUAGCCCUUAUACAACAUAUUUAUGUGAAGGAUUUGUUAUUAAUGAAGUAGGAAACAGUUCAUUAAGUGAACCAAUAAAUAUUACAACACUAGAAGAUGUAUUACCACCACCUAUUAUUAAUGUAAUAAAUGUAACAGAUACUCAAUUUAUCGUUACUUUGGAGAAGCCUACAUAUUUGCCAGGAGUAUUGAUAGAGUAUGAAAUUAAAUUUACAUGGUAUACGUUAUCUGAAAGAUCAGAGUCAUAUAAUGAUAAUGUUUCUGGUGUCGUUAUCAUUAGAAAUAUUACUGCCACAUCAUUUGAGUAUUCAAAAGGAAAACCGUAUACAAAUUAUACUGCAACUGCUAAAGCUAGAACUGCUGCGGGUUGGAGUAACGAUAGUAAUGUUGUAACAUUUGUAACAGAAUCAGGAAUUCCAUCAGAACCUAAUGAAGAAUAUAUAAAAUCAAUUACUAUAGAUGCAUAUAAAGCACGCAGGUCUACUACAUCAGUCACCAUUUUACUUCCAUUAUUUUCUGAUGAUAAUGGUGAAAUUAAAUAUUAUGCUAUUAUGGUUUCAAGAAAAGGAUAUAAUGUUGCUUCCAAAAUUAAAUUUAAUUUAACUGAAAAUGGAUGGCCAAAUGUUUCAUCGUGGGAAGAAUCCAUGAAAAAUGAUUUUUCUAUAUCAUAUCAAGCUACUAGACCAAGAUGGCAUCCUUUCCCAAAUAAUAUUGCUGAUUAUGGUCACAUAAAGGCAGUAAAAUAUGUACUUGGUGAAGAUACAGCUUGUAAAGAAAUAUCAUCUAAUACAAAUGGACGAUUAUAUUGUAAUGGACCACUUAAAUCAGAUACAUGGUAUGAUGUUAGAAUGCGUGCAUUUACUUCUGGAGGUUUUACGGAUUCACCUGCUUUUUUGAUCAAAACAAAUGCAGAGUUAGAUGUCGGAGCUGUAAUUGGAAUUGUACUUGGAAUUUUAUUUUUGGGUAUUUUGACAACAACAAUGUUACUUGUACGAAAAUGUUCUCCAUAUACAAUAUUUCGUCAGUUUUUAAAUGCUGAUAUGUCUGGAUCACCAAUACCUACUCCAUUUACAAGAAAAAAAUUUCUUGCACAUUGUCAGGAACUUGUUGACAAUCCUGGUAAAUUAAGUAAUGAAUUUAGGUUACUUCAAACUUUAAGUGUGGAUUUACAGAUGCCAACGAAUACUGCUUGUUUGCAAGCUAAUAGAAAAAAAAAUCGAUAUUCUGAUAUUUUACCAUAUGAUUUUUCAAGAGUUAAAUUAGAAGUAAUUGAUAAUGAUCCUAAUACCGAUUAUAUUAAUGCUUCAUUUAUAAAAGGUUAUAGUGGAGAAGAUGAAUAUAUAGCUUGUCAAGGACCAAAAGAAGAUACAACAUAUGAUUUUUGGAGAAUGAUUGAUCAAUAUGAAAUAAAUAUUAUUGUUAUGUUAACUCAAUUAGUUGAAAAAGAUAAAGUAAAGUGUCAUCAAUAUUAUCCAACAAUUAGAGAAACAUUUGGAUAUGAAAAUAUAACAAUACGAUGUACAAGCGAAUUAGAUUUUAGAACAUACACUCAAAGAACAUUGAUAUUGCAAAAGGAAAAUAAAAAGAAAACGAUAACACAUUUCCAUUUUAAAGAUUGGCCAGAUCAUGACGUUCCAGAAGAUUUUGAUUCAAUGAUCAAUUUUUGUCAAAUUUUACGUCGUAAUAUUGGUACUAAUAAAGGUUUAGUUGUUGUCCAUUGCAGUGCAGGAAUUGGUAGAACAGGUACUCUCAUAGCAAUUGAUAUUCUUUUGCAAUAUCUUAGAGAUAAUAGAAAACUAGAUGUGUUUGGAACUGUCUAUAGAUUAAGACAUCAUAGAAUAAACAUGGUUCAACGAGAGAGCCAAUAUACCUAUAUAUAUAACUGUUUAAUGCAGGUUCUUAAAAAUCCAUAUUUUUUAAAGACGUAUAAGCCACCUCCUGUGGAACCUGUGCAUGAAAAUAAUUCUAAAAGUACAAGUGAAACAAUGAACUCCGAUGACAGCAAUAAAGUAAAUCUUGAAACAUGAGCAAUAUUUACUCUAUUUUCAAAUGUCAACAAAUAUAUGAUCAAAUAUGUGCCUUGUCAAUGUCUGACUCAAUGAACGUAAAAUUGAACAAAAGAUUUAUCUAAUGAAAUUAAUAUGUUAAACAUGAAUUUUAUACAACUUCAAAUGAGAAAUUUGUACAAAGUUUAAUUUUUACAGAUCAAAGUAAGCAACUUAAUCUAGACUAAUCUAUUUAUAUUGAUUUUUUAAAUUCAU